AUGGCUAAAGUGGCCAUCGUCUUCUCACCAAUGGUUGCAGAAUGUGGUCAUGUCCUGGCAACAGACAGUCGCUUGCCAAAGCUGGCAGAGCGCAGCGGCUGUGAUGUCAACGUCCUCAGCAUCCCAGUGCCGAUGCGCCGUGGCGGCUCAGACUCCAACCUGGAUGUGGUGGACAGUACAAGCGAGGGUGGGGUGGGCCUGGACUUCACCAAGGGACCGCUGGGCAUCGACAGUCUACAGCAGAAGAUCCUCAAGGUGACCGAACAGAUCAAGGUACAGCAGACAGUGCGUGACCAGAACGUGGCAGAGUACUUGAAGCUGGUGAACAAUGCUGACAAGCAGCAGGUGUCGCGCAUCCGGCAAGUGUUUGAGAAGAAGAACCAGAAGUCGGCCCACGCCAUCGCCCGGCUGCAGAGGAAACUGGAGCAGUACCACCGCCGCAUGAAGGACAGCGAGAGCAAUGGCAAGCACGGCCACAAGGACGGCGGGGGCCACAAGGAGGCUGGUAGCCACAGCAAGGAGGGCAGCCUUCGAGACGUCAGUGCCAGCGGGCGCCACCCGGCCCUUGACAAGGUGAAGACCAUAGGGCCCGGCGUGUCGCUCUCGCCUCCUUUCCUCUUCAACAAGUCACGCGAGUUUGCCAACCUCAUCCGCAACAAGUUCGGUAGUGCCGACAACAUUGCUCACAUGAAGAGCUCAAUGGAGACGGGGGCGGGGCUCCAGGCGGAAGGCGGGGCCAGGGCUCUGAGCGGAAGUGCCACAACGGUGGCCAAAGCCUCCAAGUACGCUAGCGACGACGAGUGCUCCACUGGAACAUCCAUGUCAGCCGACUCCAACGGGAACCCAGUGGGGGGGUCGGGGGCGGGGUCUGGAGUCGGCGGUACGGGGAGGUCAGAUUCCCAUGGCCGGCUGGGCGAGGUGCUGGAGGUGGUCAAGGAGAUCAGGGAGGCCCAGGUGCAAAUGGCCGAGGACAUGGAGUCCCUGAAAUCCCAGUUCAAAAGAGAUUACAGCUACUUCACACAGACGCUCCAGGAGGAGAGAUACAGGUACGAGCGUUUGGAAGACCAGCUAAACGACCUGACAGAGCUUCACCAGCACGAGACCAGCAACCUGAAACAAGAACUGGCCAGCAUUGAGGAAAAGGUGGCCUACCAGGCUUAUGAGAGGGGCAGAGAUAUACAGGAAGCCCUGGAGUCCUGCCAGACGCGCGUGUCCAAGCUGGAGCUGCAGCAGCAGCAGCAGCAGACGGUGCAGCUGGAGAACACCGACGCCAAGGUGCUGCUGGGCAAGUGCAUCAACAUCAUGCUGGCCAUCGCCACGGUGAUCCUUGUCUGCGUCUCCACGGCGGCCAAGUUCGCCGCGCCGCUGCUGCGGAGCCGCGCCCACCUGGCGCUCACCUGCUUGGGCGUGUCCCUGCUGGUGCUACUCUGGAAGAACUGGGAGCAGUUGCAGUGUGCGUUCGAACACUUGGUUCUCCCACACUGAGCCGGGCUGCUUGCCUGCUAAUGUGAAAAGAAGCCACCCCCCACCCCCCAUUCCACCCCCACCCCCCAU